AUGCCGAGGUCUUUCCUUAUUAAAAAGAAACGUGGGACAUGUGGAGCAUGGCAAUGGAAAGAGCCAGAACAGCAUGAGUGGAAAGAAGAUAGUACAGUAGUGAGUGAAAACAUUAAAGAGCAGAUACCCUUCAAUCCUGGCCCCCAACAUACUUCUACUGUGCCUCAGGCAGCAAGAAUGAGAUAUCCAAUGCCUUUGGUAGGAUCAGGAGGGCCAGGGGCUGACGUCAGGGUGGAAUGGUCCACACUGAUGCUUCCAGGCUCUUUCUACCAUCACAGUAUACUGGCACCAGUAAGCAGUGCAAAGCCCCGUCCCCGUCCUUCCCCAGGUUCAGACAACUUUGUGUGCUCAGUGUGCCACAAGACAUUCCCUCUGCAGCGCAUGUUGACCCGCCACCUCAAGUGCCACAGCCUGUUGAAGAGACAUCCUUGUCAAUUCUGUGGCAAAGGAUUCAAUGAUACCUUCGACCUCAAAAGGCAUAUGCGAACACACACAGGUAUCCGUCCCUACAAGUGUGAAUUGUGUGAGAAAGCUUUCACACAGCGCUGCUCUCUGGAGUCCCAUAUGAGGAAGAUUCACAGCGUUCACCAACAGUAUGCCUAUCGCCAGAGACGCUCCAAGAUCUUUGUGUGUGAGGAUUGUGGUUACACCUCAAGCCGCCCUGAUGAGUAUUUCCUCCAUGUCAGACAGUGCCACCCUGGUAGUCCCGCCCUCCGCAGGUACUACCGCCGCCAGUCCCAUGACAACAGCAGCUUUGCAUCAGCAGACUGUAAACUCAGUCCCUAUUUGCUGUUCUCAACCCCUGCAUACUACAUGUAG